AAAGUCCCCAGUCUUCCCCACCGCUAGGGUUUUGCCGAGGGAAAGAAAGAAACCAGCGAGAGAGCAAGCGGAGUGCGAUCGAGAUGUUCCUGGGAGCAAUACCUCGGAGGCCGGACAAGGCCACGGCCUACAAGCAGCUGAAGACCCACCUGAGCAUCAUGGGCGCGUGGGUCGCCGUCAUCCGCGUCACCCCCUACAUCCUCCACUACCUCUGCCAAGAAAAGGAGGAGCUCAAACUCGAACUCUAAAUGGAUUUUCUGCAACUAGUUUGAGGAUUUCGGAGGAAGAUAUCAGCGCUGUAGCCUGAUGAUAGGUCUCCAUGUAUCAGCAGGGACAGACAACUACUUUUUUCUUUACUUUUUAACAAGUGCUUUAUGGUUGUUUCACCCAAAUACUGCUUUUAUAAGACCAGUUAAAUUUGAAUUCUGUAUGCUGAUCUAGGUAGUUUGCAAUGGUACUUUUAAGAUGAUGGCAUAUUGUUAUAUUCUUGUUA